CAGGACAGUGGGGCCAAGCUGGGGAGGAGGAUGUCGGUGUCCGGGUACCAGGGGGGCUCGGCUCGGCCGGGAUCCCUCUCCCCCCUGGGGCUGGGGAUAAAGCUGUCGCUGGUGUUGCUGAGUUACCUCCAACCAGCCGCCCCGUCGGUGCGGUGCCCGCUCCCGUGCGACUGCUCGGAGGCGCCCGAGACGGUGAAAUGCGUGAACGGGGAGCUGAGCGGCGUGCCGAGCGGCAUCCCGGACGGAGUGCGGACCCUGCUGAUCACCGGUAACGACAUCCCGAGCCUGACGAGCGGGGCGUUCGAGCCGGCGCUGGUGCAGCUGGUCAACCUGAGCCUGCGGGCGAACCGGAUCGGGGAGCUGGGCGGCGGGGUGUUCGCCUCGCUUCCCCGCCUGCGGCAGCUCGACCUGAGCGACAACCGCCUGCUCAGCCUGAGCCCGGCCGCUUUCGGCUCGGCUCCGGCCCCUCUCCGGGAGCUCAACCUGAGCCGGGCCCUGGGAGACCCCUCGGCGGCCGAGCAGGUGGCGGCUCUGCUGAGAACAGCGCAGCUUCCCGAGCUCCGGAGCUUGCAGCUCACCGAUAACCGGCUCUCCUACCUGCCGGCCGGCGCCUUCUCCGGCCUGGCAUCACUGCGGCAUCUGGAGCUGGCCGACAACUCCCUGUCCGAGCUGGGGGAGGAUGCCUUCGGCAGCCUGCAGCUGGAGACGCUGGACCUACGCUCGAACGCGCUCCGGACUCUAACCAACAGCACCGUGACUGAGCUGCGCCGCCAUCCCUUCCUCCGGCUGCGGCUCGCCGGUAACCCGUUCGCCUGCGACUGCCACCUAGAGCCGCUGCUCGCCUGGCUGCAGCUCAGCCGCCCGGGGCUGGUGGACACGGAGGGCCUGGUGUGCGCUUCGCCCGAGUCACUGACGGACCGGCCCCUCCUGCAGCUCCGUCCCGCCGAGCUCAAGUGCCCGGUCCAAGGAGACAUGGAGAGCGUCCUGCAAACCUCGUACGUCUUCCUGGGCAUCGUGCUGGCGCUGAUCGGGGUCAUCUUCAUGUUCGUGCUGUACCUGAACAGAAAGGGCAUCAAAAAGUGGCUUUACAACGUCAGGGAUGCUUGCCGAGACCACAUGGAAGGCUAUCACUACAGAUACGAGAUUAACUCGGACCCCAGAUUGACAAACCUCAGCUCCAAUUCGGAGGCGUGAAAGGACAUUUUUAUUUGCCGCGAGAAGCUGACUUGUUUGAGACUUAAAGACGGGUCCGCUUGGACUUUUACUUUACUGUUCGCUCUUUGUAAUAGCUAUGCAUGAUGACCCCACUCACUGGGACCAACGGGCUUAACCUUGCUGCUUGUGUCACUCUCCGACGGUUGGAAAUCCGACAGUGACAAAAGGUUUGACGCUCACGGUGGGGAAUUCUCCAUGUGCAGUGAUAUUUGUCUGUGUGUAUGAUUAUGUGUGAAUGUGUGUAUGUAUGUGCAUGUCUAUGUAUGUGUGCAAGUCUCUACAUGUGUGUGUGUGUGUGAAUAUCUAUGUGUGUGAACUUUCUCUCCCUCUUUUCAUCACCUGCAGUGUGAUGUGCCAAAAUAGGGAGCGCAUUUGGAAGGGAUUGAAGCUCUCUCCCGAGCUCGGCUUUAACAACAGAGUACUGCUAAAAACUUAGCUGAGGAUUUGAGACCUCCAUGAUAUUAGAGUCGGGAGAGGGGAUUAAUUGCUACAGUAACAGUUUUACGGUUUCAUAAGUGAAAAAAAUUAACAACCAAGCAAUAAAAGCAGUUUUUCAACCCGGGUUUCAGCAACUCAAAGUUUUAUCAUCGGUCCCCAGGCGGUGCAGUAACACAAAGCGACCUCGCUGGUUUAAUGCAUUCUGCUAAAUUCCAAUGACUUCAGUCAGAUCCUACUCGCUGAAUGAGAAAAGGCGCUUACGGUAAUGGUGUUUUAAUACUGGCUUUUUAUUUGCGAACAGGUCUACAUAUGCUCCCCGAACUUAGCAAAGUAAAGUGACAAAUGUAGUCAGCAGUCUUUUCUCUUGCUUGUUGGUCUCACAAAUUUCAUUGGGUAAUAUGUUCAGGAUGAUUGGAAUGAAAGCUGGUUGUCAGCCGUCUGCCUCUGGGAAAGCCCGGGGUUGCGAAACAUCUGGAUCCUCAAAGAUCAAGCAUUGUAGCCACCCCCGUUCCCCACCCUCAAUCAUUAUUUGAAGAAUGGACGACUACGUGGAGAGUGGUUCUAUUGAUGCUGCCCGCAGGCCUCCCUCCUAGUGUCACAAUAUCUGAGGGCUGCGCAUUCCCACUUGACAAACUGGUUAUUUCCCGGGUACACACGUUGGGUGACGGUUGUGGGGGCGUCAAGAUCGCAUUAAUGUUGAGCCUCGCAGUUCAUGGAUUUUUUUUUUGAAACGAUGCUUCUUUGCAAGUCGUUUUGUAAUGUUUCCAAAACUCCUAGCUGGUAUGAACUUCUUGACUAAAAUUAAUACAAUAUAUAUUAAAGAAUAUUAGUUGAUCAAAUUGGGGAAUUUGCAUUGAACAAAUAGAUGCUGCAGACACGCAUGCACACUGACACUGCGGAUACGAAUCAUGCCAAAUGGAACUGUAAAUGUCAAUAAUUAUGCUAGUAACCCUUCAGUAAUAAUCCAAGCAGUCAAUUAGAUCUCCAAUCUUACAGUGAAAUUUAAUGAAAUUAGAAUGCUUAGCGCCGCUUAAUAUUGUGCAUGAGUGUUCUGGUACUUUUAGGGAGGGUUUGCACUGGGGUAAUAUUAGAAAAUUGCUCGCCACCGAGAAUGAAUCCAGCUCCUUUGAUAUUUGUUCAGCUUCUCAGCAUGAAUGAGUCUUGCAGCAUUACAGCAGCACGGGAUUUAAAAGUCCAAACACUUGACUGCCUUUCACGUUUGGUGAUGUCUACCUGGACAUAAUAGGUGACAGAAACAUUUCACAUUCUGCAGUCGUUUUCCCUUGCAAUGCAAAUGCAUGUCAUAGAUGUGAGGCCUAUGCACUUGAGAACAUGUUAUUUUGGUGCUUGUGCUGUGGAAAAGUUUGAAAAUUCUUCUUUCUCUAAUCUAGCUGUUAAUAGAGGAUUAUCUUUACACAUACUAUGGAAGGUUUGUUGGAGUGAGUUGAUGAAACAGGUCAGAAAAGUGAAAUAGCAUGGAGCUAAUGUUCAUAACCUCUUCCAAAUUUGUUAUUACACAUCAAUUUAAUUUGUUUGUAUAUUUUCUCAAUAAUUUGGCACAUGACAAGGUAACCAUUGAUGUCUAAACACAUACCAUUUGUUUCCUAGUCCUGUUGCAGGCUAACAGUUUUCUUUCACUCUCAAGCAACAGGAAGUCCUUUAAGUGCUCUGAUUGCACUAACACUUGAGGCUGUGGAUUUUUUACAGCCUGAAGUUUUCAGAGAAACUAGAUUGCGGACACUUACUAAAACCUUGCAUUUUAACCCUGAGGCAGAAGACAUCAGACAAGUCCAACAGAUAAAAUAUUGCAACAGUUUGCUUGCAAGAUGUUCAUCAUUAAGGCAGUGGAAACGUCCUUACAUUCCAACUAGUUGCUUACAUUUGUAAAAUCAAAUCAAAGACCAUGACUGCUAGAAACCUGUCCAUCUCUUUUUGCAUUCACAGACAUUUGUCUUUCUACUAGUUCCAAAAUCUACAAGUAAAAAUGUUUUCAACCAAUGUUAACUAUUUGAAUUUCUAAAACAUGGUGAGAAAUAUAUAAUUCCAUAGUUCAAUUAACCAAUUUUAUCCAAAUCUAUUUCUUGAAAUAUAUAAAAUUAGUUAUGAAACCAGACUUGGGCAUGGACUAAGUGUAAAUGCUUUGAAAUGCAAAGUGGCAGCCCAUGUCUUGUAUUUCACCCAAACGAUGAGAUUAUUUGCCUGGUCACUUGUAACUACAUAAAAAAAAAGUAGAAUGAUCCCUUAGUAAACUAUUGUUCUUAUGGAGUUUCUACUUUUCAAUGUUACUCUUUUUGGUGUCAGGUGCUAAUACUUGCUUUGAUUGUAAUUUCCUAAAAUUUCUUUCAAUUGUAUUCUAACCACUAUCUCCAAGCAAUGGUCCACAGGUAUGAUAUUUUAUUAUCAUAUUAAUUAUUACUGAACCAAAAAAAGCACAGAUAGAAAUCUAGGUUAAUGCCAUCUGGAGUGCAUUUUGUUCUGAUCUAUAUAUAGGUUUGCACCAGUGAAGUGUUGAUGAGAAAUGAGCUGAAUACAGCUUUUUGCCAUUCAUAUACUCGAUUAGUGCCAUCGGUCUUAUGAAUACUGGAGACAUAAACAAGGCCAUGAGUGGGAUGGUGGGGAAUGAAAGGCAGUGCACCUAUUUAUUUGAAGAUCUCAUGAUGUUGCUGUUAAAUCAUCAAUGAAUAACUAUGUCAUAUGAAGAAUCAUUGCAUGCAAAAGAAAACUAUGUAAUGGAAGUUGGAAAAAAGAAGUAAUAUUAGAGCCCUGAAGAAUGUAAGCAUAUU